ACCGGAGAGCACUUUACUCUUUUCUUCUCUCGUCCCUCAAUUGCGCAAUUCGAUGCCGUCGACGAAUUUCUCAGUCUCGUCGACGAUCGAAACGGCCGGUGUUGAGAAAACCCUCUUACUAACUUUAAUUUUUAGCAUUUCGGGAUUUUCCCCUUAAUGAUUGUUUCGUUUGAUUGUGUUUGUUCUUCGAAUCACCUUCAGCACAAUUUGCUCAGCGAGAUGUAAUAAAGAGAAUCCUUUUUUUCCUGAUGGAUCACUUGAUAUGCGAUUUCUGUGAUUCGGUUUUUAUUCAAUCUUAUAAUCAAAGGGUUGGUUUGCUAAACGGAGUUUCGGUAAGGUGUGCCACAAGGUGUUCGACGAAAUGCGUGAGAGAGGAAAAUUGCAAUCAACCAACGAUCGUGACUUACAAUAUCUUUACUGGGUUCUUAUGCAGAAACGAUGAUCUGGGCAAAGUCAAGAUGUGACCUUUUCAUGGUCAAAAGAUACUCUCUUUCCUGGUUAUAGCUCUCGUCGUUACUUUUGCAGCUGCUGCUCGGCUUCUUGAUGAAGAAGAUACAUUCCCUGCCACAACCACCCCUGGCUCUGCCUCAGCUGCUGGAUCAGGCCCCUUUCCUGGUCCUUUACCAGCUUCUGGCUCAGGUUCUGCGGGAACUGGCUCGGGUUCUGCUGGAACCGGUUUUGGUGCAGGAACUGGAUCAGUACGAUCAAGUGGUUCAGGUCCUGCUGCAACCGGUCUCGGUGUAGGUACAGGGUCAAUACCAUCAAGUGGUUCAGGUUCUGGUCCUCUACCAAUCGCCGGUUCUGUUCCUGGUCCUUUACCGGUUGGUGGUCCAGGUUCCUUGCCUACCAUUGGUCCCGGUCCUUUACCAGCUGCAGGUUCUGGUUCUUUACCGGGUGGUGGUGGUGGUUCAGCCACCGGUCAAGGUGUUGGCGGUGGUGCCGGUCCAGGUGUUGACGGUGGUGCUGGUUCAGGAGUUGGUGGUAGUGCCGGUUCAGGUGUUGGUGGUGGUGCCGGUACAGGUGUUGGCGGUGGUGCUGGUUCAGGUGUUGGUGGUGGUGCUGGUCCGGCUCUUGGUGGUGGUGCAGGUCCUGACCACGCAUUGGUAUUCUUUAUGCACGAUAUACUCGGCGGUUCAAACCCAACAGCAAGAGCCGUAACCGGAGUCGUAGCAAACCCGGCUUUAAGCGGCCAACUCCCAUUCGCUAAACCAAACGGUGCAAACCUUCCAUUAACCAACGGAGUUCCAUCGAACAACAACAACAACGGAAUAGUCAACAACAACAACGUCCCUCUCCUCGUCGGACUCGGCGGAACAACGGCCAACAUUCUCCAAAACAACGGAAACAACGGCAACAACAACCUCUUAAACGGUCUUCCCGUUGCUAAUGGCGGUCAGUUACCUAGCGGUUCUGCUCUUCAGAUGCUAAUGUUCGGGACAAUGACAGUGAUCGACGAUGAACUAACCGAAGGACACGAGCUCGGGUCUGGUUUGCUCGGGAAAGCGCAAGGGUACUAUGUGGCGAGUGCGGUUGAUGGUACUAGCCAGACGAUGGCGUUUACUGCGAUGUUUGAGAGUGGAGGUUAUGAAGAUAGUAUAAGUUUCUUUGGAGUUCAUAGAACAGCUGCUUCGGAAUCGCAUUUAGGAGUUAUGGGAGGUACAGGGAAGUAUGUAAAUGCGAGAGGUUUUGCGAUUGUGAAGACGUUUACGGGAUCUAGUGGGACGCUGCAGCAGCAACCACAUCAGUUUACUGAUGGGCUUGAGACUGUUCUGCAGUGUACUGUUUAUCUUUCUUACUAGUUUUAUCUUGUUCUUGUUCUUCUGUUUGGGGAUGUUUGGUGUGUGGAAUGUAUAAUUUGUAAUCUAAAUGUGAAAGAGUUGUGUAAGCUUUGUAUUUACUUUUGUUUUUGUGUCUGAAAUCUACAGAUUUGUUUGUAUCAACUUAUGG